AUGGCCAACCCGGAAGUGAUUACCCCACAAUUUACUAAAAUUGUUGAAAAUAUUGCUGGUGCAGAGGGCCCAGUAUUUGACAGGAAUGGAACCUUUUACAUGGUUGCACCGGAAAGAACUGAUGAGUCAAACAAUGCUGCAGGCGAUGUUGUCAAAGUCAAUUUAGAUAACGCAAUGUUGACAGUUAUGUGCAGUCCACGUGAUGGAUGCGAUGGCGGAAUACCUGCUGGGUGUCAGUGUGACCAUGAUAACAACAUCUUGAUAGCUGACAUGAGGCUUGGUAUUCUUCGCAUGGAUUCUGAAGGAAAAUACUCACAGCUUUUCAAGAAGGACAGCACUGAUCGUAUAAUGCAGGGCUGCAAUGACUGUGCAUUUGACUACGAGGGUAACCUAUGGGUGACAGCCCCUGCAGGCAAUAUUGCACCUGCACCAUAUGCCCGCUCCUUCGAGGAGCCAUUUGGAUCAGUGUACUGCCUUACUAAGGACCAAACUUUGAUACGUAUUGAUGGAGACCUGAGAUUUCCCAAUGGUAUCGCCGUCCAGCAUGCAGCUGAUGGCCGUCCCAGCAAGCUGAUUGUGGCAGAGACCCCAACCAAGCUUCUCUGGCAAUAUGACAUUGAGGGGCCUGCCAAAGUUGGCAAGAGAACUGUUUGGGGAAAAUUACCAGGUGACCAUGAGGGUGGUCCUGAUGGGAUGGACUUCGAUGAACAAGGUAACCUGCUGGUAGCCAACUGGGGUGGUGGUCAUCUUGAAGUGUUCUCCUCCAAUGGAGGGGACCCCAAAGCUCGCAUCCAGUGUCCGUUCAGCAAGCCAAGUAAUGUGCACUUCCAGCCUGGAUCCAACACUGUAUAUGUUACUGAACAUCAGUUUCAUGGACUGUGGAGGUUUGAUUGGAAAUGCAAGGGCAUGAAACAAUAUUGUGAAACCAAGUAGACUGUCAUACUUUGGGUUUGAUUAGUUUUUACGAGAGUCCAGACAAUUGUUCACUUUAUACUAGUCAUUAGUCAUGUCUGUGUUUAGGUAAAAUAUUGAUUUAAUAGAUAAUCUGUUUUUGGAUUAGGGAUUUGUAUCAUUAUAAUUAUAUUCAGCAGUCUGUUUUAUGGCUAAUCAAUACAGUAUAUAGUAUGUGGCACAUACUAUGUGCUAUCUAGAUUAACAAACUUCACUUCAGAAUCACAUAAGUGUAAUUGAUUUAGAUAAAUUCAUGUGUCAACCAAAAACUAAAAUGAUGUAUGUAUAUUUAUGAUAAAACAAAAAGCAUUUGAAUUAAAUCAACUCUAUAUUUCUGUUUAAAGUUUAAACAGUACAAAUAAUUUAUUUUAGUUGAACGUAAAUAAUUGUAAUGAAUACACUAUGUUGUAAGUCAAUUAUAUCCAGUAUAAUAUAUAUAUGUAUAAUGCAAGUUCUGAAGUGUUGAGUCUUUCUAAUAGUCAGCAAAUAGAAAGAGUUAAUUACAUAUUUUUGUAUAGAUUUACUAGGAGUAAGAACUCCUAUUCAGAAUUAGUUUGUUUAUGGUAAGCUAGGUAGACUUUCAUUGUUUGGUAAACGUACUGUAGAUGUUAUUUGCUGAAAUUAGUGAAUAUGCAAACUAUUGAAUAUGUUUGAAUAAUGUAUAACAAAAUGUGUAUAGGCACAGAAAUAGUAAAUUUUAGGUUUUUAAUUAUAUAUGGUUAAAUCAAGGUGUUGAAAAUAUUGAUAUAUAAUUACAUGUUUUUAAGCAGUCAAUAAGCUGACACAAGGCUGUUCAGGGACAGAUUUAUGCCGAUGUAUUUACCAUUGAGAACAUUUGGUGUUCUUUUUGCAGAUGUGGUACUCAGACUCGUUUCAUAAUGGCUGAAAAUAGUGAAUGUGCAAACUAUUGAAUAUGUUUGAAUUAUGAGUAAUAAAAUGUGUAUAGACUUAGAUAGGCACACAAAAAGUAAAUUUUAGGUAUUUAAUGAUACAUGGUUAAAUUGAGGGGUUGAAUAUAUUAAUAUAUUUUUACAUGUUUUUAAGCAGGCAGUUACUUAAUUUUUAUUCAAAACUGAAGCUCAGAAUUAGCAGUCUAGAACAUAUGUGUGAAUAUCAAAUUUUAUGUUUCAGUUCUACUUAAUCAAUGUAAAUAUCGCUAAAUAUAGAAUUGCUUUGUCAAGAGUAUCACACAAAGAUUACAAGUAGAGGCAGGUAGAUGUCAUUAGCCAGUAACAAUUUCAUUUUACAGAAAGAAAAUGUCAUUUGUGUAAUGCGCUUGAAGAUGAGUAUCAUUUUGAACCGGAAUGUACUUUUGCUGCUAUUAGUAAAACAUACAUACGCAAGGUUUAUUAUGUAACGCCAAAAGUAAUAAAUUUGUAGAAUUAUUCACCUUUCAAAAUAUUAAUCUAAACAGAAUACUAGCGAUGAAUUUAUUUAAAGCUAUAUAUUGAAAAAAAACAUUAUUACAGAAAAAUAUUAUUAAAUACUAAAGAUAUACUCUACUCGCACUUUAUUUCAUUAUUGUAUUGUAUCAUCAACUUGAAAUUGAUGAAAUUUGUACUUAUGAAAAUUCAUAAUUGGAGGACAGUUGACUUUGAAAUAUCACAUAUUUGUUUUACUGUUUGUGUAUGCACCUGCCUUCGAAAUGAAAAUUGUACUUCUACAAUUAUGAUAUCACAAAAUGUGCCAUUUCAUUGAAUACACUGUGAUAUACAGUUGCUCAAAACUGCCAGAAUUGUCCCAGAGCUUAUACAUGUACAUUUAAUUAUGUUGAUUAUAUUACAUAUGUUGUUACAUCGUUGACAUUAGUAUUAUGAAAAUUAUAUUGUGAUGAACUUUUACAAAUUGUGAUUUACACAAAUUGAAAAUUAUUUGUGAUGUAUUUACCUUAUUUUUACAAGAAUAUGAUUAUACCGAAUGAAUGGUUGAUUAAAUGUAACCAAGAUAAA